AUGCAUAUUAUUUUUUCAACUAUUAUUAAAUGGGAAGAAAUUUAUAAAAACCAAAGUAAAGAAGACAAUGACUUAAUAAGUGAAUGUAAUUAUACUAAAGAACUCAUAAACAUAUUAGACAUAUUAAUUGUUCCAAUAGCAACAUUGAUGAAUGGCGCGAUGAAAACUUUAGAUUUAUUACAACAUUUACCAUGGGCUAAUUUUAAAUUGUAUACAAAAAAGAAUUUUAUUAUGAGUCCUUUAUUGGAAAAAAUAGAAGAUAUUCUUGACAAAUUGAAUGAUCCAAGUCUAUCAUGUGAUGAUAAAUCUACAAACUGUUCAAAAUUUGAAAUUUUACAUAAAUUUUUUAAAAGCAUAAUGGAAGAUUUACAAUAUGAAAUUAAUACAUUUUGUAAAUUUGUACCCUACAAUUCAAAUUAUUUAUGGAAUGAAUGUAUUCAAGAAUAUAGAGCCUUUAAUAACCAGGGAGUACAAUUAAUAUUUUUCGAAUUCUUAACCAAAAAAAUUAAAGAUUAUAUCAGGAAAACAAUUAUAGAAAAGUAUUUUCAACUAGGAUUUAAAUUUGAUCCAAUUACUGAAGAAACGUUUAUACCAACACCAGAGGAAUUAAUUGAACUAGAAGAAUACUCUCUAAAAAAAACAAUGAGUCAAUUAAAUGUGAUACUACAAUAUCCGGGAUGGAAAAAUUUAAAUGAUUUAAUUUCUAUAGAAUAUCAUAAAAAAAAAUAUUAUCUUGAAAGUCUGAUUGAAACACCUACACAUAAAGAAAUAUGUGAACAACAGAUUCGAGCCUUAACUGUAUAUCUUGGUUGCACAUAUGCAAAAGUUAUAAAAAUUAUUUUUUCAAUCAUUAUCAACUGGCAAAAAAUGUAUAAAGAAGGAAUAAACUUAAUAAAUAGAUGCAUUUAUACUGAAGAACUCAUAAAUACUAUAGCUAUAUUUAUUGAUCCAUUAGCUACAAUGUUAAAAGGCGCAAUGGAUACAUUAGAUUUAUUACAUCAUUUACCAUGGGCUAAAUUUAAAAUGUAUCACCGAAAGUUCUACAUGAUGAGUCCUUUUUUGGAUAACAUAGGAAAUAUUUUUGACAAAUUGAAUGAUCCGAGCCUAUCAUGUAAUGGUAAAUCUACAAACUCUUCGAAAUUUGAAAUCGUAAAUUCAUUUUCUAAUAAAAUAAUUACAGAAUUAGAUUUUGAAACUGACACAUAUUGUAAUUUUAUACCUUAUGAUGCGAAUUAUUUAUGGAAUCAAUGGGUUGAAGAAUAUAGAGCCAUUAAUAAUCAUGGAGUAAAAUUAAUAUUUUUUGAAUUCUUAACUAGAAAAAUUAAAGAUUAUAUUAAGAGAGUAAUUGUCGAAAAGUAUUUUAAACUGGGAUUUAAUUUGGAUCCAAUUACCCAAGAAACGUUUAUAGCAACACCAAAGGAACUAUAUGAACUAGAUUUGGAAUUAAAAAUCAAUAAAUGAAGAAUCUCCCACGCCAGUUCAAAUAGAAACUUAUUCGGUGUUGUAAUAAAAUUAAUUUUGUUUUAAAUUUAUGUAUCAUAAUUAAUUACAUUUGCAGUAUUGCUUAGUAAAUAUUUUAAUUAUUAUUAAAACACAAAUAUGAAUAGUUAAAUAUGGAAUUAUAAAAAUUUUAAUUUUUUGUCAUAUCUAUAUGUAUGAUUUUUACAUAUAUAAUGCAUAAUAAAAAAGCACUGAACAAUGGGAAAAAAUAAAGACAAUAUCUGAUCGUGAUUGAAAUACCUAUUGUAAUAAAGCUUGCGUUAC